GGCCAGCAGCUGGGACCGUCGGAGUCUGGCUGCGUCUGGGCGAGCGGCGGAGCGCCGGGUCGGGGUCGGGCAUGGCGUCCUCGUCGCGGAGGCUGCAGACUAAGCCGGUCAUCACCUGCCUCAAGAGCGUCCUCCUUAUCUACACCUUCAUCUUCUGGUUCUCUGGCAUUAUCCUCCUGGCCGUGGGGAUUUGGGGGAAGGUGAGCCUGGAGGUUUACUUCUUCCUGCUGAAUGAGAAGGCCAGCAAUGUUCCUUAUGUCCUGAUUGGGGCAGGAAUGGUCAUCACCCUGUUAGGCACCUUUGGCUGUUUUGCGACCUGCCGUGGAAGCACGUGGAUGCUGAAAUUGUAUGCCAUGUUCUUAACUCUCGUCUUCCUUGUUGUGCUGGUGGCUGCUGUUCUGGGUUUUGUCUUCAGACAUGAGAUAAAGGAUAGUUUUAAGAAGAACUAUGAACAUGCUGUGAAGACUUACAAUGGGACCAAAGAUGAACGUAGCAAAGCAGUUGAUAACAUACAGAAGACAUUGCACUGCUGCGGUGUAGUGAAUUUCACUGACUGGAGAACGAGUGACCAGUUCAAACAAAAAGGCAUUCCCACCAGUUGCUGCAAGCCUUCGGAGAACUGUACAGAAGAGGUCUUGAAGGAUCUUGCUAAAGCAAGAGGCAAGGUUUAUGAACAUGGUUGUUUUAGCCUGGUGAUACAAACAAUGGACUCUGAAAUGGGCAUUGUUGCUGGAAUCUCCUUUGGCACUGCUUGUUUCCAGUUGAUUGGCAUUUUCCUGGCCUGCUGCCUCUCCCGUUCCAUCACAAAUAACCAGUAUGAGAUGGUGUAACUCUGCAAGCCAGGAGUUUGCCUCACCCUCCAAGAAUUUAUUUAAACAAGCAGACAGAAUAAAACAGAAGAGAGAGGUCUUUUAAGAGCCACUUCCCUGACGGACUUGAGCCACUGAAAACUGGUUUGAUUCGACUGCUCUCCUUUGGAUUUUAUUUGGAUUAUGUUUGAAAGGGCAAGACGAAAGAACUUUUCCUUUGGGAUUUUUUUUGGAAGUGCUCUUGGGAAAGAAUGCCAGAUCGGGGCCAGGUUGAUUAGGGGAGCUUGAUAGUCUAGCUCCUUCAGGCAAAGAUUGUAGUUGGCUGCGUUCACUCUGAAUUGUGGAAUGGAUUUCCUACAUAGUUGGUAAAUUCCUGAGGACAGUAGUUUUAAAAUAGAUUUUUAAAAAGGGAGGCUUUUCACAGUGCUAUUAGUUGCUUUGCCAUUAACCUUCAAUGUAUUUAAAUGGACAUAUUAUUUAAAUUUAUAUUAGCCUGUUCUUCCUAUUGAAAUAUAACUUAACCAACUGCUGCCUCUUA